AGUGCGCAAUAUCAUAUGCACUGUAUUAGUGCAUCCGUUUUGUGAGGUAAAGGAAGAAGACGUUUUCACAAAAAUGACGUCUUUAUUAAAAAACUGUUGGAGAUUAUCACGAAGUUUGCCUGUCACCAUACCGAAGUGUUAUCCAAAACUUCUUCCUUCAAUAAGAACUAGCACUACAGACAGCGAGAAGAUAGAAAACCGACCAACAAUACGUAAAAUUACAACAGAUGUAGAACAAUUAAAAGAUUUUGGUCGUUAUGUCGCUGAAUGUUUACCAAAAUAUGUACAGAAGGUACAAAUAGCAGCUGGUGAUGAACUUGAGAUAUUAGUUUGUCCAGAUGGGAUUAUUCCAACAUUAUCAUUUUUAAAGAAUCAUCACAAUGCUCAAUUUGUCAAUUUAUCAGAUAUUACUGCAGUUGAUGUUCCUAGCCGUACAUACAGAUUUGAACUUGUCUACAUUCUCCUGUCAUUGAGAUUUAAUACUCGUAUUAGAGUAAAAUCAUAUACAGAUGAACUAACACCUGUACCAACAGCAGAACAUGUAUUUGAUGCUGCUAACUGGUAUGAGAGAGAGAUAUGGGAUAUGUUUGGUGUAUUCUUUGUUAAUCAUUCGGAUCUUCGUAGAAUUCUUACAGAUUAUGGUUUUGAAGGACAUCCAUUAAGAAAAGAUUUCCCUCUAAGUGGUUACGUCGAGGUACGAUAUGAUGAUGAAAUGAAGAGAGUUGUGUGUGAACCAUUAGAAUUGGCACAAGAAUUUCGUAAAUUUGAUUUAUCUGCUCCAUGGGAACAGUUUCCCAAAUUCCGAGAUGCUGGAGCUCCUUCUGAAGAAGUACCCAAAGUUAAAUAAAUUAUAAUAGUGAAAUAAAUUUUAUAGUAUUAAACAAGA